AUGAAGGAUGAGUAUGUGCGGAAGAUCAAUGAGCAGUGGAGGUUCGACGAUGAUGUGGUAGUGAUGGAAGAGGAGCAAUGGGUAUUGAUUGAUGACUUUGAUGCUCAGUAUAUUCCCUCGCGUCUUUCUCUAUUUGGGGAAUCGGAACUCAUUGGGUUAUUGGUGGACAAAGGCCACAUCUGCAACGCUGAACUGUAUGCCAACGCUAAACAGGAGUCUGGUCAACGGGCACUUAUGGCAGCGUGGCACCAGACAACAUCAGCUUCAUCGCAACCCCAAACCUCUGCAGGCCCAGCGCCUCCACAACCUACUCCAUCAUACAAUCCCUCCCCUCAUUUAUCCCCAACUUCCAUGCGUCCACCCACUCCCUCCGUUUCACCCAUAGAUCUUAACUCGGGUCUUACGCAAACUCUCCUACAUGUCCACCUUCUCAGAUCAUGCAGUAGUCCCCCGUGGUCGUGCCUCAAAUCACUGGCAUGCCAUUCCACAGCACAUUACCGUUCAACUAUACGCCGGGCCCCCAAGAUAUCCGUGGCGCAACAGUAUUACCGCAGCACCAAGUUUUACGGUGUACCUUGCAACAGCAUGAUGAUGAUGCCACCACCUCAAGCUUAUCACGGCCUCCAUAUGGCGAACAAUGCUGCGAAUGGGGCGCCGCCAGUGAUGAACAUGUCCACCAUGGGCAUGCCGUUGGAGUUGCCUCCUGUGAGACAAUGGCCACGUCAUAGCGGUGGUCAGGCAGAUAUAAAUGGCAACACUCCAAAUGGUAAUCCAGCAGGUUCUCCUGUCAUGCAGCAUCACAUCAACUUGCCAAAUCUUGGCUCACCCAUACAUAUGAACGGGGAGUAUGAACCCUCAUCCAUCCCUGCAACAGUUGCCAUAACAUCAACCCUCGCUGCUGAUGGACGUACACCAUGGGAUGCCUCAAAUUCUUUAUCACGCCACCGCUCCUCCUCGUUCUGCCCUGUCAGUUCGUUAUCGAAGCCUUCCAGGAAACUCGACACCUCUGCUUCAGCACUCUCCCAUUCUAACUCACUCGCACCACCAUCAACUCCUUCAACGCCCACUUGUUCAUCACCUCAAUCUCCCUCGUCUCAACAAGCUGCUUCGAAGCCAUUCAAAUCGGUGACGGGUAUGAGCCCAGGGAUGCCUUCAAAUACCGUUUCGAGUGCGACGAUGAUGACGACGUUAGCGAAUACAUUGAAGAAUACCCAUAUCAAGAGUGGGAAUACAAUGCCUGUCACUUCAAGGGCCGCCACACCGUUGGGGUCGGCCACUUCAUCGCCUCGUUCACGCUCUCAUCAUGGACACCCAUUACCUUCCACAUCAAUUUCUUCUUCUUCCCGUUCACCUGUUAGCCCUCAGCUUGCCAUGAAUACAUCUUUCUCUUCACCCACAUCCUCCACCUCAUCAACUCCCAAUUCCACACUACUCUCAAAGUCACCCACUCCUAUCUCCACCCACACCCACCCUACAACUAACUCAACUUCGAUGACAGCGUCGUCGCCAUCAUCAUUAACAAUGAUGUUGCCAUGUCCAGCACCCGUAAUGGGUUCCGUACCACCAGCGAAGAUGGGACAGUCACCGCAAACAAAACAUUACUUGCCGAAGCAGCAGACGCCUCCACAACUGGUGGAGUGCAAGUUGUGUGUCAAUGUAUGGACAGAGGAUCGGUGGACUUGCGAUGACGACGACAUCAAAUUGAGCUCAAGUUGA